AUGUUGCGGCAAACGGGUAACUUGCCAAUUUUCUUGGCACUGCUCGUCAGUCUGGUCGUGGCCUCGCCCAUUGUGAAAGAAGGCGGUGAACUUGUGCGUGAGAAGCGCCACUUUGGCGGCGUCGGCGGCGGCAUCAUUGGCGGUGGCAUUGUGGGCGGUGGCCUUGUGGGUGGCGGCGGUGGUUACGCUAGUGCUCCGCUGGUGCAGACAGUGCCUGUGGUGACCACUGUACCCGUUGUCACCACUGUGCCGGUGGUGUCCACAUUUUCAACGAUUCCCAGUUACGGCUAUGGACUAGGAGGCGGUGGACUGGGAGGCUAUGGCCUGGGAGGAGGUGGCUUCGGUGGUGGCUACGGUGGUGGCUACGGUGGUGGCUACGGUGGUGGCUACGGCGGUGGCUACGGUGGUGGUUACGGUGGUGGCUUCGGUCGUAGCCUUGGCGGAGCUGGCUUCCUUGGCGCCGGCAUCGUAAAAUUCAAAGGAAUUGGCUUCGGCGGCGGUUUUUUGGGUUGA